AUAUACACCAAUGUGAUUAUUGGAAGGAUGCCUAAAUAAUUAGAGAUUGAAUUGUGACAAAUCAAGUUUGAGGGACUAAAAAUUCUCUCUUUUUUAAACCCAACUAAUUUGAUUAUUGAAGCUCUUCAUUUUAAAAGAAAUGGAUUCAUUCUUUACAACUAUACGCUGCUUUUUGAAGAAGAAUAAAUUAUUUGAUCUCUCCAUAAAAACCAUCCCUUCAUGAUUCUCUACUAAACCCAUAUUCUCUCUUCUUCUUCUUCUUCUUCUUCUUCUUCUUCUUCUUCUUCUUCUUCUUCCGCUCAAUUCUCUACCUCUCUCUCUCUCUCUCCUAUGUCUCGCACAACAAUGGAGAAGAAACUCCGUACAGCGAGAAAAGCAUGGAAGAAACUAACCAAAUCACUAAAAUCCAAAUUCCACGCCCUCAACAUCUCCAAAUCCAUCAACACAGCCAAGCGCCGCCUCGUCUCCGCCGUUCAAACCUCCCUCCGUAUCCUAAUUCCCUCCAAAUUCCACCGCCGCCUUCUCCGCCCUAAAUCAUCCCCUUCUUCAUAUAAUUACCACCGCAAUCAAAAUAAAAAUCAGAUUCUCCGCCAUUACGACGAUCAACACUUCCACAAUCCAAACAACUUCGCGGCAAUCCACAUCGACGAGCUCUUCCCAGAUCUGCCGGACCCAAUUGCAAAGCGAUCCGGCGCUGAGAUUACAGAGACGAGCAGAGGAAAGGAAGUAAUGAAAGAGGAAAAAGAUGAUCAUGAACAGGAGACGAGUAUUUAUAGUAUUGAAGAUGCAUGGAAAAUCGUGGUGGCUUCAUCACCGCAUCUUCGGCCGGUGGAUGAACGAGCGGAGGAAUUCAUAAGAAAAUUCCGGCGAGAGAUUAUUCUUGAGAAGGAAAAAUCGCUUCUUGAAUUUGAACGGAUGUUGGCCCGAAGUGCCGCUUGAUGUUUGUGAAUUCGUUUGGAUUAUACAUAAAAUUCAUAAAUUAUGGAUCUUGAUUUUCAUUUUCACAGGUAAAAAAAAAAUACAUAAUAAGAUUGACAAUUUUUUAUUUUUUUUUAAAAGGAGGGUUUCUUUUCUUACGGUGUGGUUUGAAUUUGAAUGUAUAGUGUAUAGAAGAUACUAUGAAGUGAUUUUUUUCCUUUUGUUUUGUGAUCUCCAAAAAAUUUUUAUGGAGAGAUAUUCGUAUGUAUUUACCGAUUUUAAUUUAACGAAUGUUAUGAUCUAUCAAUUAAGUUUAAAUACAUCAAGGUAUAAUUUAU